AUGUCUGAAUACACCGAAAUUUUCGCGCCAUUAGUGGCGUUAUUUAACCGAACACAGGUCACAGCAAUAUUAAUGGCGUGGUUACCAAAACAACUGGAACAAUAUUUAUCUGGCGUGAUGGCUGUCGAUAUGUUUGUCACAUGUACCAUUGCAACAGGCAUAACAACAUUAUUGAGCGCUCUGUAUCAUUUCACCUAUAAAGAUUGGACAGACACAUCAACGAGCAAGGGAAAAGUGGUCACUUUACAAAUAGAACCCACAACAACCGGCCGAUGGGGAUAUCAAUAUCCAUCGCAAUUCUAUGAAGCAUUGUCGUGGAUGAUUAGUCAACAAACAAGACACCUAAAAGAAGGCGCAUUUAUAUUACAAAAACCAUCGGACGAGGAUAGAAAGAAUGAUGCUAACAAAGAUGAUUGUGCGCCACAGGAAUUUAAUAUACUUCCUGAGAAAGACCAAACAGUUAUAAUUCAGUAUAAAGGAAAAGAAUUCAAUGUCACUUUUAAGUGUCUUGAGUCUGACGACCCCGACAACCCCGACGAAGAUUCGAGACAUAAGAAAUCAAAACCGUCAAUUUUUUUGACUACAAAGCAAGAGACCGAAACUGAGGUUGAUUCAGUGGCAGAUUUUAUCAAUGGUGUGACCCGUGCUCAUUUGGAAUACUUAAGGUCGAAAAAGGUUCGAUCAAGAUAUGAGAGGAAUGGCAAUAAGUGGAAUUUGAUUCAAGCCUUGACGGGUAAUCGUGAUUUAGACACAGUCGCAUUGGAUAAACCACAAGAAAUUUUGAUUAAAAAAGAAUUAGAAACUUUUACUAAUGACAAAAACUUUUAUACUCGUCUUGGGUUGCCAUACCGUCGUGGUAUUUUAUUAUAUGGAAAACCGGGCACAGGAAAAACCUCUUUAAUAAAUGCAAUUUCCGCGCAUUUACAGCGAGAUCUUUAUUUUAUCAAUCUGAAAAACUUGAAAAAAGAGAAUCCGGAUAGUGAAUUAAGUGCCGCAUUCAGUUCUGUACCCGCGAAUCAAAUUAUCGUUCUCGAAGAUGUCGAUACACAAUCAAAAGUAUUACACAAACGAUCACUUCAGAAGCAGGAUUUCUUCGAAGCAAUGGUUGGCGACGGUUGCCCUGUUGUUUCGUCGGGAUUCGGACCCGAUUUCAGUUUAUCCACAUUUUUGGGAUGUUUGGAUGGUCACACAAUAUCCGAAGGAAUCAUCAUUAUCAUGACCACGAAUCACAUUGAACAUCUCGAUCCGGCGGUAAUUCGCCCUGGCAGAAUGGAUGUACAAUUGAAUCUUGGUUACUCUACGCAUUAUCAGAUAAAGAAAAUGUUUGCAAGUGUCACCGAGAAUACUGAACUAGAAUUUCCGCAAAAAAUUUUGGAUCAGAUUCCUGAAGAUUUGUUACCUCCCUGUCAAGUUAUGACUACCAUGGUAUUGUACCGUAAGGAGCCGGAGCUGAUUCCGGGUAAAAUCUUGGCAUUAGUCGAUAAAGCAAAGAAAAACGAGGAGAAACAGGAAUGCAUUCAGCAAGUUGAAAAGAACGAAUUCUUAAAAGAGAUCAAAGCAGAAGUAAAAAGUGAAGCCGAUGGCAAAACAAACGAAGAAAGGGAAAAUGAGGAAGAGAAUGAUUCUUCUAAGGAAGAAAAAAACAAUUUUAAAGUAAAUUUAAUAAAUUUCGAAGAAUCAAAUUCCACAAUAAUAAUCGAUAAAAUUCCUAACAAUGAUGCAAUAUCGUCUGGUAGUUGUACUGAUGUUGAAGAAGAAUCAAAAUCCACAAAUUUAUUACAGGGAACGGAAAGUAAAAUAAUAGAAAAUACAUCAUCAGCUUGGGAAACUGUUAGUGGGGUUAAAUAA